AUGGGCGCCAACGGUGGUGGGGUCGUAGUGUGGUGGCACAGUGUUCUGGUGACGUUGGCCUGCGCCUGGCUGUUGGGUGUGGGGGGCGUUGGUGGGAGCGGGAAGGAGCGUGACGAUGUGACGGUGGAGGAGAUGCUGCGGCGCGAAAGUCGUGACACGAGGCCGGAACAGCAACCGUUCGGCCGUCAGCUGACCGACGAGGAAAGCCGCGUGGAUGCAGAAGAAGUCUUUGUUGGCCACUCGGCGAGACAUCGGCAGGCGGCGAGGACGAGGCAACCCUGGCGAGGGCCACAUCGGACGCGACAUGCCGGAAGGCAAGAGCUAAAAUUACUUUCCGGCCUGACGGUGUCCACGGCGGACUACGAGCAGCAGCUUCCGAAGGCGUCCGGCUUGUGGCCAUCGUUUUUUAAUGUAGCCCUCAGGGCGACAAUCUCCGUGAACGCGACCUGCGGCCAGACGGGACGGGAGGAGUACUGUCGCGCCACGCAGGAGAGCACCGGACGGUCACGCGGCUCGCAGUGCGGCAUCUGCGACGCCAACAAUCCCGACCCGGAGAAGCGCCACCCGAUCACGAACAUUGUCGACGGGACGAACAGCUGGUGGCAGAGUCCGACGCUGCAGAAGGGCGCCAAAAACGAUCGCGUGACGAUCAAUCUCGAUCUUGGCCAGCUGUUUCAGAUAGUGUUUUUCACGAUGCGUGCCGCCAUUUCACCGCUACCCGCCGCCUGGGUGCUGGAAAAAUCGAUAGACGGCCGGUCAUACGAGCCGUGGCAGUACUUCGCUUCCGACGACGCCGAAUGCCGAGAACGUUUCGGUUUGCCGGCUUACAGCGCCAACUACAUCUUCAAAAGCGACUCGGAGGUGAUCUGCUCGACGCAGUUUUCAUCGUUCGAACCGGCGGAAAACGGCGAAAUCAACCUUUCCCUGAUCAGCGGGCGACCGAGUGAGAAGACGACAUCACCCGAACUUCAGAACUUUACACUCGCGCGGUUCGUUCGGAUACGUCUGCUUCGAAUCCAAUCCGCACCGCACCAGGAGGGCUCGCUGUUCGAUGUUGCGAAACGCAGUUUUUACACCGUCCGAUCGUUGCGUAUCGGUGGCCGGUGUUUCUGCUCGGGCCAUGCCGGUAAAUGCAAGACGGUCGACAACAACAUCGAUAAUCAACCGCAGUGCGAAUGUGUGCACAACACGUGCGGUGCCCACUGCGAUCGCUGCUGUCCGCUGUACAACCAGAGACCGUAUCGGAUCGGGACGCCAGUUGGGGCGAAUAAGUGUGAGAAGUGUGAGUGCCACGGUCAUGCGAAGUCUUGUUCUUACGAUAAGACAGUGGACGAGCAGCACCUGAGUAUAAGCAUCCGUGGGAAGAUGAGCGGCGGGGGCGUGUGUCAGAACUGCACCGGCUUUACCACCGGAAUCAACUGCGAGCGUUGUCUUCCGGGAUACUUUCGUCCACUUGAUCGACUUCCGAGCCAUGAACAACCAUGUCUUCCGUGCGACUGCUCGACUCUGGGAACGUCGGGAGAUUGCGUUCCGUUGGGAGGAGAGUGUCGCUGCCGGGAAGGAUUCACGGGUCCUCGAUGCACUGAGUGCCUCCCGGGAUAUUCAGGCGAACGGUGUACCAAAUGCGAAUGUGACUCUCGGGGUACGCUUCUCGGAAGGCAAUGUGAUGAGGUUUGCACCUGCAAGGCACAUGUCGUCGGUUCGCGUUGUGAUCAGUGUGCCGCAGGAUAUUUCGCCCUUGGAGCGGUCGAAUCGGAUGGUUGUUUGAAGUGCUACUGCUCCGGAGUGGGCCAGAGUUGUAGCGAAGCGAAGGUGGCAGCGGCUAGCUACGAGACGAUGUUAGGCUGGACCGUAACCAACCUGGCGAUGAGCGAGAGAAUCGUACCGACGAAGGAUAAUGAGACCGGCUACCUUGUGUUCGGGAUGUUCGAGAUGCCAGAUACUGAGGCUGUCUACUGGAAGGCUCCGGAGGGUUAUCUCGGCAACCUGCUGAAGAGUUACGGGACGCGCCUUACGUUCAAGAUGAUCUGGAUCACGGUGCGAGGCGAUACGAGCGGGAAACCGACCGUGGGACCAAGUCUCGUUUUGGUCGGUCGUAACGGAAUGAAGAUAGCAUAUGGAGAAGAGAGCUACGAUGAGACCGGAGGGGCCACUGUUGACGUCCCACUCAAGGAAGACAACUGGUAUCAUGUGCCGCGAACGGUGAAGGAUAUCAUCACCCGCCUUCGGAGGACGGAAUACCACGGAGAUCCAGUCACUCGUACCCAGUUUAUGGCGGUUCUCACCGAUGUCGAGGCUGUGCUGCUCCGAGGAACGUACCACACCGAUCAGGUGGAGAGUGUGCUAGAGGUAGCGGAACUGUUCACCGGAAGCGACUCAAGCAACAGGUCCACGCAAAGUCUCAUCGAACAGUGCGAGUGUCCUGCGGGCUACCGAGGCUUGUCGUGUGAAGAGUGUGCCUUCGGGUACGUACGCAUCUUCGAAACCAGCGUUACUCACGAACGGAUCGGUCGGUGUAUCCCCUGCUCGAUGUGCCAUGGACACGCGGCCAGCUGUGAUCUCGAAACGGGAGCAUGUGGCACCUGCCUGCAUAACACCGUCGGCACGAACUGCGAGCGUUGUCUGCCAGGAUUCUACGGCAACGCUACUACCGGCCUCCAGAGUGACUGCAAACGGUGUGCAUGUCCUUUGGAAGAUCCGGAGAACAACUUCUCACCCAACUGUCAAUCGAAGAGUGGAGCUGAAGAUGACGAAUACGUAUGCACUCAGUGCCCCGUCGGGUACAUUGGGGAUCAUUGCGAGCUGUGUGAUGAUGGCUUCUAUGGAGAACCCACCGUAAUUGGCAGUCAGUGUCUUCCCUGUCCGUGUCAUGGAGGUCCGUGCAAUGCAAAGACGGGACAGUGCAUUGAGUGUUUAGGAAAUACGGAAGGAUGGCGAUGCGAACGGUGCAAAACGGGCUACUGGGGCAUUCCGGACGACGGAUGCGAACCGUGCAGUUGCUCCGAAGUGGGUGCUCUUGAAAAUGUGUGCGACGUGACGACGGGCCAGUGUAUCUGCAAGCCCCGCUACGGUGGACGUCGGUGCGACGAGUGUGAUGUGGGCUAUGGCAAUCUGGACCUCGACUGUCCGGCCUGUGCGUGCCAUGGGAACGGAUCGGCAAGCGAGGUUUGCAACACGCUGACCGGCCAGUGCGAGUGCAACGUGGGUACCGAGGGCAUCCACUGCAGCCACUGUCGGGACGGGUACUUCGGCCUAUCCGAGGAGCAACCGGAUGCCUGCCAAGGUUGUAACUGCCACCCGAACGGAUCCAUUGGUCCCGAUUGCGACAUCAGGACGGGCCAGUGCCGUUGCAAGCCGAACAUCGAGGGACGCCAGUGCAACCUCUGCCGGAAGGGUUUCUGGAACCUGAACGCCGGCGAUGGGUGCGUUGCGUGUUCGUGUGACCCGAACGGAAGCGAGCGGGGGGAGUGUGAUCUCAACACGGGCCAGUGUUUCUGCAAGCCCGGCGUCGACGGUAUCAGCUGCGACCGGUGCCAGGGUGGCUUCUACGGGUUCAGCGCACAGGGAUGUAAACGAUGUGAUGUUUGCACGAGCCCGUCGUACGUGUGCGAUCCGGAUACGGGUCGGUGCAUCUGCCCGGCGAACAGCAACGGCCACGAGUGUCGGUCCUGCAUUGCCAACACCUGGGGCAACGAGUUCCAGAAGGGAUGCAAACAUUGCGCCUGCGACAUCGUCGGAUCGAUCGGGCAGGCGUGCGACAAGCAGAACGGUCAGUGUAGCUGCAAGGAAGGGUACACCGGGCGGCAGUGCAACGAGUGUGCGGCCGGGUAUUAUGGCUACCCGAUCUGUCAUCGAUGUGCCUGCGACGAACGGGGCACCGUGCAGGCUGUCGAUGGAACCUUCCCGUGCGACCGGAACGGCCAGUGUCUGUGCAAAUCGAUGGUGUACGGCCAGAAGUGUGACCAGUGCCGGCAGGGUACGUUCGGGCUAGCGGCGAUCCAUCCGGAAGGAUGUGCCCGGUGCUUCUGCUUCGGCCGGGCGGACCAAUGCACCCAGAGUGACCACUCGUGGGGUCAGGUUCGGUUGCAAGGGGCGCGCAAUUUGAGUGUAGAGUAUCUCGAACGUCAGGAAGGUCAGUCCGAGGUGGACUAUGUGGCGAUCCUGCAGCUCGAAGGUUCACGGACACACCGCGAGGACGUCAAUAUCACCAGCAUGAACAACCUCGACCUUAUCCCGAGCUCGACGGGCAACGUUUCGAUCGGUUCGUACGUCAUGUUCCGCUAUCCACUGUACUUCCAACUGCCACCACAGUUCCUGGGUGACCGGACCAGCAGCUAUGGAGGGCUGCUUAACUUCACCCUCAUUACGGGCGGUGCGAGUGUGAACAUUCCUGAACCAUCGUUGCGUCAGUUCCCACUGGUGCAGCUGCACACGCACGAGAAUCUGGUGCUGGACCACUACGAAAACCCGAUUCGGUAUGGGCAAACGGUUGAGUCACACUCGGUACGGUUGUUCGGGAGUCUGUGGCGUAACCACUACGACGGAUCGUGGAUCAACCGGACGAUCCUGAUGACGGCCCUUCAAGACGUGCGUCACAUAUUCAUCCGCGCAACGAUCACAAUGGACUUCCAGGAAGUUGUACUCACAAAUGUCACGCUCGACACGGGGAUAUUUGUUGCAGGAGCCGAAAACAAUCACGCGUACGGUGUGGAACGAUGCAGUUGUCCUCCGAAAUACAGUGGGCUGUCGUGUCAAAAUCCGGGUAAAGGAUACUACCGGCAUCGGUUGCCCAUCGUCGACCUGGAGUGGGCCACAAUCGAGGAUAUGAUUGGGAAGGUGUUACCGUGCGGAUGUAACGGACGGAGUGACGAAUGUGAUCCUGAAACGGGGAUCUGUUUGAACUGUCAUAACAAUACCGGCGGCGAGCACUGUGAACGAUGCGCGGAAGGGUUCUACGGAGACCCAAACAUUGGCCAGUGUUCUGCCUGUCCGUGUCCAGAAACGCGCAAGAACUUUGCCCGUGGCUGCACGGUCCGUGGAAGCGACGUGCACUGUAUCUGCAAAGUAGGCUACACCGGAGCGCUGUGUGACAAUUGCAUGCGGGGGUACUAUGGCCAUCCGCAUCUGGAUAAUGGCCACUGUGAGGCAUGCGAGUGUAACCGCGAGGGCAGUAUUUCGGACGAGUGUGAUCGCUACACCGGGGAGUGUCACUGCCGACCGGGGGUGACGGGAAAGAAGUGUGAUCGGUGCGAACUGCCCAAGCAUAUCGUCCAGGAUUAUCGGUGUAAAAUCUGCGACAACUGUACUGUCACGUUAAUGGAUGACUUUGAGGUGCUAUCGAGCCGUUUGGACGAGGAAACAUCGCACAUCGAUCGCAAUGGUAUUCCCGCACCCUGGGUGGAGCUAACGAAGUACGAAACGAAAACGCGGCAGUACGCGAAUCGUGUUGCCCGGCUGCUGGAAGCGGAAGAUAUGGCUAAAAAGUUCACCGUGGACUUCGCCGAACCCCUAAAGCGAAAUGCUACCAGACUGAACAAACGACUAGGCAAGCUGGACAAACGAGUCACGAACCGUGAGGAUGAAAUCGGCAAGUCUAUGGGGCGUGCGAUGGAUCUGUUUGAUGAAAUCAAUGUGAUCGACGGCGAUCUGCGCAGUACCAUACAGGUACUAAAGAACUACGGCGUAGGAGAUCAUCACAUCAAGCUGCCGCUGGCAGUGAAGGAGGCGAACGAUUUGUUGACCGACAUCCGCGAUCGCUACGGCAAGAUGGAGUUUGACGGAACGGUGAUGGACUGUGCCAACAAGCAGUACGAUCACUGGUCGAACGAGUCGAAAACGGUGGCGGGACAGAAUAGACGUUUAGAUGAUUUAAAGUUCGAAAUCGAACAGAUCAACUAUAAGGCGGACAAUCUGCAGAACUACACGGUGCAGGUGUUCCGGCACGUGCAAGAGACGGAAGUGUAUCAGACCACCAACCAGAAGCAUUUCAACCGCGCACGUGACGCGUACGCUCAGGCACUCGAGGACGAAACAGGUAUUAGGAAGCUGCUCGACACGAACAUCAUGUCCGCGACGGAUGUUGCCCUUGUGCAGCUGGAUGAUAACUACGGCCAGCUCACACAGGACAAUGCAACACUCCACGCGCUCAUCGAGCAAUUGAGCGAAUCGACUGAGGAUCUGAUACGGGAGAAGAGUAUCCUCCUCGAAACGCAAAUACCCAAAGCUGUCCGGCACGCCAAGCAGCUGAAAGCCAAAGCGGAUCACAUUCGAAACAAGUUCCAAACCACCGAAGAUGCGUCGGCAAAGGCGAUGGAAGCGAGCCAGGCCUAUGAGAACAUCAUUGGUGCGAUAGUGGUCGCACAGCAGAGUGCAGACAAUGCGACAAACAUGGUCGAGAAAGCCGAUCAACUUAUUCACCCGCAGCACGACGUUACGAUCAGCGAUCAGAGCCAGAAGGCGUUGGAAGUAUCGACGAAUCUGACUAAUCGGGCGAACAGGGAACUUACGAAGGCGACUGCUCUUAACGAAACGAUGAUCCAGAAGGAGAAGACGGUACAGAAUCUCAAGGAUCAAAUCUGGGAGACGGCGAUCAAAAACAACAACCUCAUGGAUGAACUCGGUAAGGUGGAGCGCGGGGAAGCGAUGAAAACCGUCCAAUCAGACCUAGACCGGGCCGGUAUCAUGUCGGAGCAGAUGAAGUUCGUGCGCCAGGACGCAAUCAAUCUGAACAGUGACGUGUAUAAGCUGAAGCUGAAACUGAAAUCCCUCGAACCGGAAUGGGACACCAAGUUCGGGAUGGCCGAGGAGAACGUCUCGCAGACGUUCGGAAAUAUUCGCAAAGCCAAGGACAAGCUGAACGGCAUGGAAGCGCUCGCCCACACACAAGGUGAACGGUUUAAGGCGUGGAACCAAACAUUUUCGGCGCAUCUGCAAGAGCUGCGGGAUUUGAUUGCCAUGGCCAAGCAUAAGGCGGAAGGUAUACGUGUCUCGAUGGAAUCAGCCGAAGAGUGUAUUCGAUCGUACGCACCGGCAUCCUUUGGCCCAUCGACAACCAACCGGUUGGUGAUGUCGAUAGCUUUAACCAAUCCCAACGUGCAGAGUUCACCGCUCGCGUACAUCGAGGGUGAUGACCGGCGGUUCAUCGCGUUGGAGUUACGCCAACGCCGAAUUCGAAUGCUUUGGAGCUUGAAUGGGUCGAUCGCGGAGAUUACGCACCCGCAGGAGAUUCAGCAUCGUGACCUGAAGAACGACGAUGCGUGGUACUUCAUUGACGCAACGCGCACAUUCAACCUCGGCACUCUGAAUGUCCGCCAAAUGUCACCGAAUGGGGUAUUGAUCAAUGCACGUCCCGUGACCGGUGCCAGCAGUCCCGCCUUCACCACACUUAACGUGAGUCCGAGCAACCGAAUCUGGGUUGGUGGCAUUCCAGAUGAUCUGCGUGUGCCGGAGCUGGAACCGAGCCAGGGUCUGAGAGUGGCAGUGAGUCAGUUGUACGUGGAUCAGCGACAAAUGGGACUGUGGCAUUUUACCAGCUCGAGUGGGAAGUGUAACGGGGCAAUGCUGGGCCCACAGGAGAUUGUCAGUUCGACGAACGAGAGGAACUUCAACGGCAAUGGGUAUGCCGUUUUGAAACGGGCCAGCGAUGCGAGGACGAAGGCCCAGUUCAGUUUGAGUUUAAGCUUCAAAACGCUCGAUGAGGAUGCGCUUAUCUUCCUGGCGCUUGAUGAGAAGAAUAACCGUUCCAUUUCGUUGACACUCUACCAAGGGUUGCUGGUGUUCCGAGUGGAUUACGGUGACGAUACGCGACUCGAACUCAACACAACGGAACGCUACAACACCGGCAGAUGGGUCGAGGUGGAAGCUUCCCGAAUGUACCGUCGAUCAACGACCGACGUCGGUGUGCUAAAGGUGAACCACGAUGAACCGAUUCACGGUUCGCCAACCAAACCGAUCGGAGCGACCAUGCUUCCGGUGUUGAGCGAUAACUACUACCUCGGAGGUGUUCCACCCGGAUUCCAAACGGGCACAACCAAGGCUCCCGGAGCCGACCAUGCGUUCCUGGGUUGCGUGAAAGGUCUACUGAUUGGGGGCAGCUCGUACGAUCCGCUUGACAGUACGACCCACUUCGGCAUCGAAACGUCCUGCGAUAGUACGAUCGUGCAGGCCGGUUUCCUCGGCCACGGUUACGUCGAGUUGCCUUCCUUCAGUCUGAAAAAGCGAGCCAACUUUGGCUUCGUGUUCCGUACCAUGCAGCCGGAUUGUCUGCUGCUCUUGUCCGCGUAUCCAACGCGCGUGCAAGAUGACUACGAUUCGAAGGACACCUUGGGCAACUACUCGGUGUUCCUUUCCGAGGGUCGGGUAAACCUCUGGAUGGAUGCGGGAACGGGACGCAUUGAGCUCGUCUCCAACGACACACUGAACGAUGGCGAGUACCACGUCCUAACCGUGGUCAAGCAAGGCCGGCUCGUGGAAUUGCGUGUGGAUGAUAAGUUCCAGAUGUCGAAGACGCUACAAUCGUCGGUGGUGAACAUGCCGGGCGCAUCCGGGGGUCUGUUUAUCGGCGGUGUUCCGGACGAUCCGUCGUUCGAUUCACUCUCGAAAGUGUUCGAAGGCCUCAAGGGUGUGGUGGCGAACGUGGUGUUCAACAAUCAGACCCUCUCGUUCGGGCAGGCGAUGAACUUCACCAACGUACAGAUGGGGCGCACUGGGCCGGCCAUGGGUAGCCAGGGAUUGUACACGGCGCUCAUGAAGACGGAACCGAUCGGUCGAAGCUUCAAGGCGGCCCCGGAAGGUUGCCAUCGUGUCGGAAGCUACUCCUACGAACCGAACGCGUUCAAGUAUGGCGAUAAGCCGCAGAGCUACUCCGUUGUGACCGUCCAGGCGAGACACAUUUGGCAACGAAACUUCCACAUCGAGUUCGACUUCCGGACGUUCUACCCGAACGGUAUCCUGUUCGUUGCGCUGGGUACCAAAGAGAAGGCGAAACACUUCAUCAUGCUGUCGCUGAAGGAUGGUGUGCUGAAGCUGACGGUUCGUGGCCGCAAACGGGAACAGCUGCUGCUGCCACCGAAGCUGAACGAUGGCCAGUGGCAUCAUGUAACGCUGAGCAGCAUCAAGAAGAAGGCGACACUGAGUGUACAGAUCGGCAGCAGCCUUAGCUCGGCCCAGCUUAAACUACCAAAGAAACUGAACGCGGCCAAUGCGCUGCACAUUGGCGGUCUGCCAGAUGAGGUACCGAUUCUGCCAAAGGAGCUUCAACCUCGGCCGGAGGAGUUCAAGGGCUGCCUGCGGAAGUUCUCCGUCAAUAACAACACGCAGGAUCUGGCACGACCCGGUCGCCAUCUGAACGUGGGCCAGUGUUUCCCUCGCAUCGAACGGGGUUCCUACUUCCCGGGUGACGCGUACGCUAUCUACAAGCGCAACUUCAACGUAGGAAAAUUCGUCGAAAUCGAACUCGAGGUGCGAACGUCAGAGAUGAACGGUAUUCUGAUGAGUGUUGCCGACCAAAUCAACGGAUUCCCUGCGUUCUCGCUGGAGAUUUCCAAUGGAAAUAUUAUCCUUUCGGUGGACAAUGGGGAUGGAAAUCCAACGCGCGUCUCUACAGCGCUUCCAUCCAAGUACACACUCUGCGACAAUCGGUGGCAUAACAUCUCCGCCCUGUACGAAGAUCAUCAGAUCGUGUUGAGGGUUAAUGAAUAUCCCCCAACGACGCUCCUCCCGCACGGUACUACCGGAUUUGGGCGGGUCAACACCAAAGCACCACUGUACAUUGGAGGACUUCCAGAUGCCGCAUCCAGCGGAACACUCCUGAUGAGAGAGAACUUCAAGGGAUGCAUCCGAAACAUUGUCGUACGCAACGAGCGCAAGGAUUGGACGGACAUGGAUGAUCUGCACAACGUGCUGCUGAGCGAAUGUUUGGCGAUGAACUAG